ACACGCACCGUUAACAGGAAACCGGCUCGUGCCGCCCGGAUGCAGUAUUAGAACUCCAAUAGAACCCAGUUCCCGAUACAGAAAGAAGAAAGACAAGAGGCAAGGUGGAGUGCACCGUCCUAUUGCUCUGCAGUGUUUGAUCGUCUUGCUUUUUGAAGAGAAAUGGCGAUGGCAGGCAGAUUGGCCGCGCGGCUUCUGCGGCGUAGCACCGCACAGUCAUAUCGAGCAAUUUCCUCUUGCAGCACUCCUUCGCCACCAGCUCACCGAAUUCCGCAGACUGGCCAACCACUUUCUCGGAAGUCGACGAGCAUCGUCAGCUUCGCAAGCCAAGUUCGGCACAUGAGCACUGAUCUGAGUGCCUUACCUGACAUCAAGGAUGGUGAUACUCUGAAGACGUUGCAUGCGUUGUUGGGCACUAGUUGGACUAAAAUCGAACCAUCAGUUGAAAAUGCUGUGGAAAAGUGCCUCAAGAGUAGCAAUGACGAUAUCGUUGGCAAAGAAGCUCUUACAGAUGCUUGGCGGGCGGCCCAGGCAGUUGAGAAGUUUGGUGGAAACAUGCUGCAAGAACUCUUGCUCGAGAUCACUGACUUGAGCGGAGGCACCGGAGAGGAGGUCAAGCCGAUUCCCGAUUCAACUUACAAUGCAGUUGAAACUGCUUACAAGAAGUAUAUUGCUUACCUUGAUGCCUUCGAGGAGGAUGAAAUGUAUAUCAAGAAGAAGGUAGAGAAUGAGCUUGGUGGUUUAUUCCUACAAAUCAAGCAACGUCUUGCCGGCAUGGAUCCAAAGUGGUCUAAGAUUACUCUACUUGGAACAUCUGGGCUAUCUGGUUCUUACAUUGAGCGUCGUGGUUUGGUUUGAAGUACUAUUUGAUGUGCUUCUCAUCUCACUUCAUUUACUGGUGUUAGUGAGCUUCUGCUAGUUGUACAGAUAGAGAAUAACCAUUUUGCCAUCCACACAACUGCGUGCGACUGAAUAAGCAGUUGAAUUAGAACUGCCGAAGCUCUUUUCUUGGGUCACCAACUCCAGAUAAGCUGGAAUAAGCCUUAUUUGAGUACAUCCGACGUUUCCGAUGUUGGCCAAACACUUACGUUUUUGCAUGGUGAA